AUGAGUGGAGCCAUUCUCCCUGGCAAAUAACCAGUGGGGUUCUUCCAGAUAGUCUUCCCGCUCAUCUUUAGCCCCUUCAGCAUUGGAUCACAACUGAUAAAAAAAAGGUUAUACAUCCCAGUCCUACUGAUAUUUACAUCCACACUCUCCAUCUUUGCUGAAGCGUAAUUCGCUCUGAAGAACGUGUUCAGUACAUAGGGCCAAGCUGAAUCCACGGAAGAUGGUCGUCUCAAAACCUCCCCAGCCUUGCAUCGCUCAAUCUUAGCAAGGUCAGGGGUGCAACAUAUAGACUUUUGUCCCCCAUAUGCAGACCCGCCAAUAUUGUUCCGAUCAGCAGCUUCAAAUAGAAUGGCUUGUACCAACCCCGAACUAUGUUCCAUAUUUGAAUAAUGCGAGGAUGCUUCCUCGCUCCUCCCAAACGUAACCUGGUCAAACCUGAAAAAAAUUAAGAUACUUAGGCAAUUACAUCUAUAUGCGCUGCUUUUUGUAACUGCAUUUUAACCUCACAUUGAAACCGAACUAGGUUUGACUGAGAAUAUAUGGAUGUAUUGUUGAACGAGUAUAUAAACACUACAGAUAUGACGAUCACAGGGCACAAUAAUCUCUAAAAGCAAGGUAUCUCCAGCAAAGAGAAGGAAAUUAUAUCCCGACAUCAUGCUCAGUGAAUGAUAAAUCCGCCUACUAGAGGAUCAGUGCAAAAUAAAAAACAGGACAACAGAGGACUCUUCAAAAGAUUGCAAAAUCGAAUACGCACAAAAGUUUCGUCAAGAACUACAAUAAGACGUUCUAUUUAUCGAGAAACGUGAAAGAAAUUAAAAUUCAUCGGUAAUCUGCGUCAAUGUUGUUUGAUUAUGUUUUUCUUUUCAGAUCGAAUAUGCAAAUCCAUUAAGAAAGUUUUCGUCCAGGGUCCAGACUAACAAACGCCACGCCAUCGAUAUACGAGGUUAAAGUUGGGGACAAAUGCGGAAGGCGCACGUAAACCGCCCAUCCCCCGGCGUAUUGCUAAAAAUAAAUCCCAGAUCUAGAUUCCUCCAAUAACAUCCAUGAAAAUUAGUACCUAACACACGGUCCCUGCAGUGCAAAUUUGAGCAUAGUACAGUUGUUGCGUGACUGAGCGAGAGGAAUGACACAGAGCGAGAGAGAUGUGCCCAGUACCGGAUAAAUGCCCGGCCAUCACGGACUCCCGGUGCCACGGAGUUGUCGCCGGAGCUUCCCACGCGAGAGGCGGCGAUGCCCUCGCUGCCGCCGGCGAGGAGAUAUGCGUUACCGACCUCUCUGAAGGUGUCGCCGCUGUAGACGUGGACGGAGGCCUCCACUCCGGAUCCUGCGGCCACGACGAGGACGACGAAGAGCAGCGCUGA